ACUGCAUACGCACGAGCUUAUUUCACCGUCAGCGGUCACGGAGGCGUCAUCAUACGCACGAGCGCUGUCCGUUUGAAUCAGUGGGUUUUACAACCGCGUAUCCCUUCGCACAGUUAUAAGUCGGAUGAUUUGCAUUUUUAAACGUUUUAACCAAAUGCUUAUCUGAAUCUGGAUUUAACCCACUGAACCUUUAUAUGGACUGCGCGCUUUGCAGCAUUCUGCGUGUUUUCCUACUGUAUUUUGCCCGUAGAUAGUAGUUAGAUUUCAGAAUAAGACGAAAUGGCAACGGACGAGCUGUCAUCGAAGCUGAACCGUCGGCUGCAGAUCGAGGAAGGCGCGCACGACCCGGUGGCUUUGGACGAGUCUCACGAGAACGGAGCUCACGAGAAACCGGCCACGUCCAGCGCGGAUUCAGAGCUGGGAGCCAAACUGCAGCGGCGCGGGGAGCUGAACGAGGGCGUCGGUGAACACCAGCAGCCCAGCAUGAAGGUGUUCAACCCCUACACCGAGUUCAAGGAGUUCUCGAGGAAGCAGAUCAAAGACAUGGAGAAGAUGUUCAAACAGUAUGAUUCAGAGAAGGAUAACUACAUCGAUCUGAUGGAGCUGAAGUUGAUGAUGGAGAAACUCGGAGCACCUCAGACUCACCUGGGCCUGAAGAACAUGAUCAAAGAAGUAGAUGAAGACUUGGAUGGCAAACUCAGUUUCAGAGAGUUUCUCCUCAUCUUCAGAAAAGCUGCAGCAGGAGAGCUGGCAGAGGACAGCGGACUUCAUGUCUUGGCACGUUUGUCGGAGAUUGAUGUGUCAACUGAGGGAGUGAAGGGAGCCAAAUCAUUUUUUGAAGCAAAAGUGCAGGCCAUUAACGAAUCAAACCGGUUUGAGGCAGAAAUCCGCCAGGAGCAGGAGGAGAAAAAGCGUGAGGCGGAGGAGAGGAAACAAAGACAAGCCGCUUUCAAAGAAUUGAAGUCAGCCUUCAAAUAGCCGCAUCGACAGCCUCGAUUUACUCAUCUACGUGUGUGUGUGUGUGUGUGUGUGUGUGUGUGUGUCUCUGUCUGUCAGUCAUCAGAGUCCCCCGCAAUCAGAGAUACUAUGCAAGGCUGUGAAACGCUCAGAGAUCCAUGCAGAUUCAUCUUCCUGAGAGAGGAACACCUGUGUAGUUUGCGCUCAUGAGCAGAUCUCUUGUCUAGAUUUAUCAUUGCCUCUUUCUCUCGCUCUCUCUCAGGCUGAUUUUGAAUGUGAAGCCAGACACUGAUCUCAGUACACUGGAUUGGAUUUGUUCUGUUUCAGUCGCAUGAGUAUAUAUGUACCGUUGUUCAUUCACCUCAUCGUUGCGUCAGUAUCGUUUUAGCUUUAACGGCAUCUUGCGUCUUGUUCUUGUCGAUGCAUAAGUAGAUUUAAUUCUAACGCUUAAGGAGUUUUAAAGGUUUUUUUAAUCAACUAGUACUCUCAGUAUGCCACAUAUCCUAUCCGUUGUAUUCAUAUCAGUGGCAAUUGCACUAGUGCAAAACAUAAUUCUCUGGUUAUGCAGGAAAUGCUUUACACUGUACCGUAACUGAUUAAACUUUCCUCACUGACCAUUUAAACAUGAGAGGAUAAACAUUAGUGUACAUCAGAUCUCUGCUCUUGUUCGCAGAUACAUUAAGAGCAUAAAAUAGUCUAUAUUUUUACUGAGCAGAGAGAGAGAGACGGAGAGGUGGUUUUGGGUGUAUGUGCAUGUGCGGUGAUGAUUAUAAUGGUGUUAGUUGAGUGUUUAUAUAUAGUUUUUUGCAUGGUCACUGUGGUGUUGUUUUCCAUACAUGGUUCCCUUUAGUCUGUAAGGUGUCCAGUGUUAAAUGUAUCACACACAUGCUUUACAAUUGGUCUAUAAAGUCACAAUGAGAAAUGCCUGUAAAUUUUAAAAUGGCUUACUUCUCUCUUACAAAAGUAAGUUAUUGCAACUUCGUUUCAACAAAUUGUGUGGUUCAUGUCAAAGGAGUUGUCAUCAGGACAAGGUCAUCUGACUGUUUAACCUCUGAACCCCUGUAUUGUGCUUCCAUGUGUGCUUAACAAGCAACAUGCUGCUAAUGGGGUUUGUCAGAUACUUGAUGGAUGAGUGAAAUCCACCACCUCAGCUUUUAUUUAAAGGGAUAGUUCACACAAAUUUCAUUUACUCACCCUCAUGUUGUUCUAAACAUGCAUAACUUUCUUCUGCUGAAGACAUAAGAUAUUUUGAAAAAUGUUUAAACACUUUUUGUCCAUAUAGUGAAAGUAAAUGGGGUCCAGAACAACAUAGGACCCCGUUUACUUUCAUUGCAUGAAAAAACAAAACAAAAAAAACAGCUAAGACAUUUUUCAAAAUAUAUUCUUUUGUGUUCCACAGAAGAAAUAAUGCCAUACAGGUUUGGAAUGACAUGAUGGUGAGUAUUUUUGGGUGAACUAUCUCUUUAAGUGUCAACUGCCUAAAUCAAAGUCUGGCUUGCUUAAUAUUUGUCAAAUUAUGACCAAUAUUAGAAGCCUUGCACAACAUUCACAGUGAGAUGAGGUGAAAGUAAAUGUGUUUUAUUAAUAGAAUAAAGACAUUUGAUUUAUAAAAAAAUAUAUAGGCACGGCUGUUCUGUAGACCUGGUGCAUGAGUUCCAGCAACAAAAUGAUAGAAAUGUCAAAUGUUAUUUAUUAAAUAUCUAAACAGAUUUCAAUGUUUACUGUGACAACAUUUGAAAAAUGAGGGAACAUUUUUUAUGGAAUCAUCAACAAGCUAAUGAAUUGAACGUUUAAUGGUCAUGUGACAUGCAGUACACUGUGGCAAAAGUAACUGAGAUGCUAUGUAUAAAGACAAAUCUAUAUUUUCAUGUGAUGAAAAUGAAAAAUUAUUUUAGUUUUGUAUGGAAAGGGGUCUUGUGAAAAGAAACAUUCUUAUUUUCUCAAUAUCAAUUUUGUUGCCUACAAUCUCGUCUCCCUGCUAUUGUCUGUGUAUCAGAUAUUGCUUAGGUUUUUCCAUUACAAUCAAAUAAAUAAAGGCACAAUACCUUUAUUCUUUUCUACAUUGGAGACAAUAUUGUUGGCAGUUGCUAUGCUUCAUGUUGUUCCUUGUUUCUGUGUUCCGAGUCACUGGAAAAUGUUCUUGUUUGUUCACUAGUUCUGUGGAAAUUCAAACCGUAGGUGUAUAAAUAGUUAUCUCCCAAUCUUUCCAGCCAUCAACACUUUCUUUUUCUUUUGUUACCUACUGUUUAACUGAAAAGUAUUUUGAAUAUUGGGUGUUAAGGGGUUAAUAUAGUAGUGUAUAUGUUAUUGAUUGGUGAAUGAGGAGUCGACCAAUGACACCAAUCAAACAACUAUUGCAUUCUGUUAGAAGCCAUGCGACAUUGUCUUUUUCUUUUCUUUUUUUUUUUUUUUUUUUUUUGAGAGAGAGAGAGAGAUUUUAGCUGUUCCAUUGUUGUUGUGCCAAAUGACUUUGUACUUCGGUACUGUGUUAGGCUUGUUUUAGUACAACAUUCCACUGUAAAAUUCCCUGAAAUCCUUCAUGAUACUGAUUAACAGCUUCAUCAGAUAUCAUUUGAAUUAAUAUGAGAACAGCUAAUUAGAAUUUAGACUAAACAUCACUGAUCUACAAUAUUGAUGUUCUAUUAAAUAUGUGUGGCAUUUAAAAAGUCACAAUUAGUAAUUAAAAUCCCUCUUUACAGUUUUGGUUCUAUAAUUAAUGUUUGCACAUCUGAGUAACUAAAAUAGAGCUUUGGCAGUAUUAACAUCUGUAGAUUCCUGUGUAAAUCUGCUCUUUCCAAGGCAGAUAACACAACAUUUUUAAAACUUUUAUUUGAACAUUAUUUUUCUUCUGUGAAAUGUAAUGCCAAGAUGAUGAGAAAUGACAUUGGAGUUGAACAAUUUCAUCUUAUGGCAUGUUUAUAUAGUUUCUUUGUUCCAGCGAUUUGACAAUGGUUGAAAGAGCCUUGAACCAUCCUGACCAUAUCUGUACCUUACUGUCACUGUCUCUGUCAGUUGAAACUGGUGGUUAUGGUAUCAUACUCUUAUAGGCUUAUACAUACUGAUAUGUGGCUUCUAUAAUAUGCACAUUUAUUUUUGAUUUUCUUACUAAAAUGUAUAAUUAUUCUUGUGACAAUAAAAUACUUUUAAUUUGGAAA